AUGGAAGGUAGAAGGUUUGAACGCCGAGCAACGGAAUGGACACCUGGUAUGGAAGGUAAAUAUGUUGCCCGAGGACAAUUUACGGGUGAAUGUAUCGCUGUUCUCACAAGCGGUGGAGAUGCUCAAGGAAUGAAUGCAGCUGUGCGAGCUGUAGUCCGUAUGGGAAUAUACUGCGGAUGCCGAGUAUUUUUCAUCAGAGAAGGAUAUCAAGGUCUUGUAGAUGGUGGUAACAACAUUCAGGAAGCAUCGUGGGCAGAUGUUUCUGGUAUUCUCCAAUUAGGAGGUACCAAGAUUGGAUCAGCUCGAUGUAUGGAUUUUCGUGAACGUUGUGGACGUUUAAAAGCUGCUGAAAAUCUGGUCAAAAAUCAAAUUACCAAUUUAGUGGUUAUUGGUGGUGAUGGUUCUUUAACUGGUAAAAUUAGUGCAGAAAAUGCCAAACAAUUUCAUCGUUUAAAUGUUGUCGGUUUAGUCGGUAGUAUUGACAAUGAUUUUUGUGGUACAGAUAUGACAAUUGGUGCCGACUCAGCAUUGCAUAGAAUUAUUGAAGCGACUGAUGCAAUCUCUACUACAGCUCAUUCACAUCAAAGAUGUUUCAUUUUAGAGGUGAUGGGUAGACAUUGUGGUUAUCUAGCACUUGUCGCAUCUAUGGCAUGUGAAGCUGAUUGGGUAUUUAUACCAGAAAUGCCACCAGCUGAUGAUUGGCGCGAAAAAUUAUGUCAUAAACUUCGAAUGAAUCGUGAACAUGGACAACGUGUCAAUAUAAUUAUGGUUGCUGAAGGUGCUAUCGAUAGAGGAUGUAACCCUAUCACUUGUGAAUUGGUGAAAAAUUUAAUAGUAUCAGAACUUCAACUUGAUACACGUAUAACUGUUUUGGGUCAUGUACAACGUGGUGGUUCACCAUCAGCCUUUGAUCGUAUUUUAGGCAGUCGUAUGGGAGCUGAAGCUGUUCUAGCCCUAAUGGAUGCUGAUCGUGAUCCUAAUCUACCAUCAUGUGUUAUUAGUUUAGAUGGUAAUCAAGCAGUUCGUGUGCCACUUGUGAAAUGUGUUGAGAGAACACGUCAAGUUGCUGAAGCAAUGAAAGCUCGUGAUUUUGAUCGUGCUGUUGAAUUACGUGGAGCGAGUUUCAUGAACAAUUUAGCAACCUAUAUAAAACUUUCAAAAAUUGAACAACCACGUCAAAGUGUCAUGUCAUCUGAAAACAACUUGAGAAUCGGUAUCGUGAAUGUCGGUGCUCCAGCUUGCGGUAUUAAUGCAGUAAUAAGAGGAUUUACUCGUCUGGGUAUCACCAAAGGUUAUAAGAUUAUCGGAAUACACGAAGGAUUCUCCGGUCUUGUUAAAGGCGAUGCUAGUGAAAUACAGUGGUCUGAUGUACGUGGAUGGGUGGGAAUAGGUGGUUCCAUAUUAGGAACACGCAGAGACACACCAAAUAGUUUAGGUAUAGAGAAAGUAGCCGCGAGAUUUAAAGAAUUCAAAUUAAGCGGUUUACUUAUUAUUGGUGGCUUUGAAGCAUACGAUUGUUUGAUAGAACUGGUCGAAGGACGUGAAAAAUAUCCUGAAUUAUGUAUACCUAUGGCUAUGGUACCAGCGACAAUUUCUAAUAAUGUUCCUGGUACUGAUUUCUCCUUGGGUUGUGAUACAGCUUUAAAUGAAAUAACCUCUGUUUUAGAUAAAAUUAAACAAAGUGCAUUGGGUACAAAACGUCGUGUAUUUGUUGUUGAAACAAUGGGUGGUUAUUGUGGUUAUUUAGCUACAAUGAGUGCAUUAGCUGGUGGAGCAGAUGCUGCUUAUAUAUUUGAAGAACCAUUUACAAUUGAUGAUUUACGUGAAGAUGUAGUACAUCUACGUGCAAAAAUUGAUGAUAAUGUUAAACGUGGUUUAAUACUACGAGCUGAAUAUGCUAAUAAAUAUUAUACAAGUGAAUUUAUUCAUCAGUUAUAUGCUCAAGAAGGUCAAGGUAUAUUUGAUUGCCGUUGUAAUGUACUGGGUCAUAUGCAGCAAGGUGAUAGACCGAGUCCAUUUGAUAGAAGUUUAGGUACAAAAUUUGCUUCGAAAGCAAUUGACUGGUUAGAUGAACAAAUCAAUGCUAAUAUACGUUCAGAUUCUACAGUCUAUACACCAGGACAUUUAUGCUGUACACUUAUUGGUAUUGUACGUCGUCAGACAACCUAUUCAAACAUUAUGGAAUUGAGAGAACAUACAGAUUUCGUACAUCGUUUACCAAAAGAAGAAUGGUGGAUUAGUUUACGUCCAUUAAUGCGUAUUAUGGCUAAACAUGAUAGUCUUUAUGAAUCAGAAAGUAUUAUGGCUGGAACUGAUAGAAAAUAA